CCGCGGAAGUGCGCUCAGUGAUCUCGUGAAUAUUCACGUUCUUGUGACACAACGCUCGUCCGUAUCCCUCGCCGAGGAUUAAAGACUCGCGGAAGAUUAUUACCAGGAGAACGAUGAAGAUGAUCGAUUUGUCCAAGUGUGUGUUCGUCUUGUUGGCGUGCUGUGUGGUCUGCUACGCGUCUUCGAUAGCUAAAGAGGAGGACAGUCUCGUGGACAGGAGCUUCAGAGCGAUGUACAGGGUAUACGAGGACUGCCAGCAUCGAAACAUAGCAGUCUCGCCUUGCUUGAAGAAGAAGGCGAUCGCGUUCUUCGAGAGAUUAGGCAGAAUGCAUACCCUUCCUCUGUCGGAGAACUUUGAAUUAAUCAGGAUCACGGACGAAACCCCGAAGAGUUCUGUGUCCGAAUUAGAAGCCACCCUUGGCAGAACUAUGUCCAGCAAAGAUGAGAUUCUGAACGAAAUUCUGUUCGACCGAGUGGCUUCGCUGCUGAACAGCUUCAACGUUCAAAUUCGAUUGCCUAGAACCAGUCCUGGUGAAUUGAAACAAGGCAUGGAAGAGGGACGUGGUAAAAUGAAGAAGAUGAUGGGCAUGAUGAUGAUGGGAAUGGCCAUGAAACUCGCGGCGUUGAUUCCCAUUGCCCUUGGAGUGCUCUUCUUGUUAGCUGGAAAGGCUUUGAUCAUCAGCAAGAUCGCUCUUGUCUUGUCUCUCAUCAUUGGACUGAAGAAACUCUUCAGUCAGAAGCAGAGCCACGAUCACGGCGGUUGGCAGCAGGGUGGCGGAGGUUGGGACAGGAGUCUCAAGAACGUUUUCGGCUCCACGGAGUCGUCGACGACGACGGAACUAACCCGCAACUACGCGCAGAAUCUGGCCUAUUCGGCGCGACAUCAGCACUGAUCGCAGCAAACGAGGGGAAUAGCAGGCCUUCCGGUUUCGUUCGGCGUGCAUGGCACCUCAAUGGUAGCCGUUCUACG